AAUAAUUAAAUGUUUGAUAGCUCCGGAUGGUCGUAAAACACGCUCAGUAAAUAAGUAGAGCACACCGACAGCCAGAGCCAGGCAGCUCAAACGCCAAGUUGGCCUGGCGACUCAUAGACCAGACCGGGCAGGGGGCCAGUCAAUUGUUCUAGUGCGUGACGUAGUCUAUUCGAGUAUCCGUAGACGUACCCGCAGACAUUCACAACGGCGAGAGCAUCGAUUUCCUACCCCCACCCCGCCAGCUGACAGGGAACGCUGCUACGCCAGUGCACAGUCAGUCGAGGACCGAAGUUCGGUCGAAAGAGAGUGAUGGCCACGUGUUAUCCGACGUAUGGGUUGUCACCCCCUCAGAGAGUAGUGCAAGUGCCUGUGCAAAAGGACUAUUCGCGACCGCUCCACGUCGAUUGCAGCAUCGAGUACGAGUUGCCGAACGCUGCGAAGCCUCCGCAAGGGGUCAAGAACGAGCCCCUGUUGAUGAUCCACCCUUACUACUUCAGAAAGAUGGAGAGUCAGCGGAGGAGCCCGUUUAUAAACAAUCUGCCGCCUCCCAGAGCGGCGACGGCCAUCAAACGGCGGAUACCCAGGGGCCAGCAAAUACCCCAACCAGUGCCACAGCAAGCCUCCCAGUAUCCCGUUCAAUACGCCGCCGGAGCGGAGGGAUACCUCUGGGAGAAUAUAUCUUCUCUUGUGCCAAUAUCUGCGGCCACUCAAGCCGCUUACAAUAGGAAUAACAAGCCCAUGGUGUCUGCCUGCGGACAGACUUACGGUUCCACGGGCAGCGAUUCCGGCCACUGGACGGACCCGGAUCGCUCUCCUGACCAACCUGAGAACAAACUCAUGUACUCGCAUCCAGGCAAAUACCGACAGUGUUUGAAAACCCACAGACUACAUCCCUACGUGAGUUCUGCGAUCUCCUUGGGUCCUACGUUUCCUCAAAUUCACCAAGUGUGCUACAAUGUUUGAUCGCUGUGAUAAUGUUGUCCCGAUUCGAGUGGUCGUGUACGCGGAAACAUUUUAUUGUCUCCUCUAUGGUUUUCAUAGCCUUCUUGUGAUAAUAGUAUGUAAUUAUCAGAUGACGUUCGGGCACCGGAGUCGGAUGGGCGCAAGCGUCAUGCUCCGGGCGUGGUAGUGAUCGUGAUAAAUCAAACUCUAUCUGUGCAUCCUAUCAAAUCUUAAGUUGGAUUUAUCGUUCUGUAAUGUUGAUGGAAUGAGUGGUUCUGUUUUUUGUUGGGUAGCCUGCUUGAAAUGAGUUUAUUUUCUAUUAUUGUACCUACCUAUCUACCAUUCACGCCCUACUAAUCUCGAAUAUUUUAUUAUGUUAUGAUAAUUUAUUACAAUCAUGCUAAAGCUUCCUUCGCGCGGAUGUCAUACCUAUAUCGUUUGUAUAUUGAGGUCAUUCCUACGUUCAUUCCUAAUCAUAACUUUUGUUGUUUGUCAGCGAUAAUUUAAUAGAUUUCAGUCGGCACAUUAGUAAAUUUGACAGCCGUGGGUUUGAAUUUAAGUUUUUUAUUAAUGAGUAAAUGUCAAUGUUUUUUCAAUGAAUCAAAGGUGCGGUAGGUUAUUCAGUAGAAAAUACCUUCUUUGUAGAUUUAGGUGUCCGCAAGUUGAAAUUCAGGUACUAUUUUCAACAAAGACCGGAUACAUAUGGUCGGUGAAACAUGAAACUAAAUAUUUACCCUGCGCCAUAGCAAAGUUGCCUAGGGUCUCUUUAAUCUCAGACUAUCGUGACAUGUCAUUUCAUAAACUUGAUAUUUUAUUCAACGUUGACUCAUGUGGAUUUCGAAAUUGAACUCUUGAAAUUUUUAUUCAACAUUUAUUAUAUGCAUCACUAUCACUUCCUUUCUGAGAACAAAGUCAAUUCUUACCUUUCUUAUUUCAAGUUUUAUAAGACUUGUUGACAAAAAAUACUUGUUCCAUUUGCUUGGUUCUAUGCCGACAUACCAGUUUUUGGAGUUGUUCAUUGCAUGAAAAAGGAUGUUGCUAUAUCAACAUAACUUCUUACUUGAAUUGUUUCCUAGAAACGCGGUGAGACACUUUUUACAACGAGAAAGAAUAUUGAAGUCACUAAACGUUUCUUAACUGCUAGAAAUUGGUAGUUUGGCAUGAAUUACGCGAAUAGUUUUGCUUUUUAAUGAUCAUAUUAUAGGCUACGCAAUGCGCAUGUUACCACGGAAUUAUGUGGCCGUCGGGUGAAAUUUUCACGUUAUUUGAAAGACUUUGUAAUAGAAAAAGCUCAUCGUAGCAUUUUCCACUGAAUAAUCUGCCACAAACUGUUAUCUGAUAGAAUAUAUUAUGAUGGGUGAAUGCCUUAUUCUAGUUCAUUAAACCGAAAAUGUGAAAAAGGGAAUCAUCCAUGAAACUAGAUGUUUUGAGAGAAUGGAAGCUUCAGUCAUAUUGUGUUUCAGACAUUCCUCGUCUAAAUUAUCUAUUCGAUUUCAGAUAUUAGCCAAAAAAGCGUUUCUAUUUUGUAGAUUUAAAUUUCGCCUUUGGUAAAAUUGUUAGCAAUGAUGGAUUUUUUCAAAAACUCUUCAACAAUUGCGGUAUCUCAGGGCAGUCUACCUUAAUAACCUUAUUUCAAAUUGCAUGACCAACGUCUUAUAAGAUCUCACUCUGCUGAUGCUUUCCGUGAAAUAGUCUCAUGACGAGUCUCAUGAUAUAUCAUUAUGGUAAAUACUUGUUUUCUUGUUUAUUCCGAAUACCUCAUGUUUUUUAUUGGAAUUAUAUGUAUUGCAGGAACGUACAGAACCAAAUUGCUUCUCAUAAUAACACUACUCAAUUCGUGAUGAAAUUUUCCAUGAGAAAAUUGAGGAAUUCGUCUGCUACAAAUAUUUACCACUAAUGAUAAGUCUAGGAAAGGCCAUUCAUGAAUAACAUUGAAGCUGAUAGUUAUUACUGAUAUUUUUAAUCUAUGGGUGGUCUCCUAUCAAUAGAUUCAUUGAAUUUUCACCUUUGAACCAUGGAUUACGAAUCAUCCAUAACUAUUUCGUAGAAGAUAAUUUGUUUGUGUUUCGCAUCUUGUCAUCGAUAAUAUACGAGCAGUCUUUUGGUAUAAUCAUUUUCCACUCUUGCUUGAGAAAGAAAUCUUUGUGAAUGUCGUGUAUAGGAAAUGAGGUGUCAGAUGUCGUAAGGCUUAACAGGAUAGCGAGGCCAUAGAAGCUAUUGAAUAAUGCUCAGUACCUACCAACUGUUCACCAACAUGAUAAGGGUUGGAAGGACGAUGUUAAUUAUGGUCGGUCUUUAUCUCGACUGCUUCGAGUGUCAAGAUAAUUGCCAUCGAAGAAAUGGGUUCCCCUGAGAGUACUUACGUCAUUUUCCUUAUCAUCAGCCAUCUUUUCAAGAGUCUGUAACCGAAAUUCGGGUUAUUGCGGUCGCUGUUGAAGAGUUGAGAAAUAAUCCUAUUAAGCGUUUGUCUUUCACUAGGAAUUUGAUCUAAGAUCCUUUAGAUGAUAAUUGAAUGUGAUUGGACACCAGCACAUAUGUGGCAGAAUAUUUACGGGUCAUAACUAUUAUAGAUGAUAGACAAUACAUGUUGCUUUGUAAGUCUAUACCUAUAUAUGAAGCAAUUUGAAGAAUACGCCUUACUCGAUGUUAUGUUCAGAACUGAAUUAUGGCAUUUUGAUGUAAUUGUUUCAUAUAUGCAAACAUUUUUUUCUCAUCACGAUUGUUAGCCACAGGGGACAUGGGGAUACGUUGAUACGUUCUCAUACCAACGUAUUUUUCCAAAAAAAUAUUUUUUGCCAAGUUUGUUUUCUAUAUCCUAUUGUUGCUAUGCAUAUACAGCUUUCAGAAUUAAUAGUUAAAUUGGUUGAAGAUAUUUUGAAAUAGGUGAAAGCGGGUUUUGUUGGUACUGAGGUUGAAAUUUUUAAAAUUUUACGGAUACCGCUUUGUUCUUUGUUUAUUCAGCUGUGACAUCUAUAUAUUCAAAUAACGAAAUCAUUCAGUUCGAAAUAUUAUGAACUUCGAAAAACCUAAUUAUCUCCUGUGGUUAUUACAAUUUCAUUCAAAUACAAAAGUACCUAUACUGUGACAAUUUUUUUCCUGAAAAUCGUGUUUUGCCAAACAUCGCUCAGCCUCAUAUUAUUUCAUAACAUUAUGUCCUUCUGAAAGUAUUAUAACAGUUUCCCAAAUAAUAGGAUAUACAGUAUUUACUUCGACAAAUGAUCAACCAGUGAAUUGUACGAUUCAUUUGUUUAUAAUUUGUUCGAUUUUUUCAAAGUAGCCAUACAUGUAUAAAAGCAAGAUAUGCAUAUUAUCUAUUAGGUUCAGAUGAGUAAAGUUUGAUUAUACUUAUCAUUAAUCAUGGAAUGAGAAAUCUUAUCGGCUCAAAGAAUGGAACUUCAGGGUAUUACUCGGAUCGCGAUUUUGAUAAUGGACUGAAAAAUAUUUAUCUGAUCUUUCAAAUAUUCUAAAAUUUAUUUUUGUAUUGAAGACUCGUAUUGAUCGAUCCCGAAAUUCAUGAUAAUCCAGUCAAUCAAAGCAGAUCAGUUGAAAAUUUCACUCAAAUUUAAUCACAUAUUGUCUAAAAUAUUCAUUGGAUUAAAGUUGAAGUAACAACUGAAAAAAUAUUCAGCUUGACAUUAUCAUUAUUGAAGUAGAUAAAUAUUGAUAAAACAUUUUAAAUUGAGUAAGUAAUAUUCACUCUAUGUGACUCGUCUGCCAAACUUCUAUAGAAAUAUCAUAAAAAGUGUCACUUGCCCUUCCGAAAUUUUCAGAUGAUCCACUUCAAUGUUGACUAGUUUAUUUUGAGCCUUCAAGUUUUUUAUUCCUUUAAAAAGUAUAUAUUCUGUACAUUUUGUGGGUACAUCUUUCCUACACCAAAGAAAUACCUAUCAUUGUAUAUAUAUUGAAAAACUGCUUGGGGUGCAGUAUUGCCCCAAAUAUUGUAUUUAACAUUGUGAAUAUCUAAUGUAAUAUAAAUAUAUACAUAUAUAAAAAAGUAUAUAUACUCUACAGCUAGUCAUAGUAAAAAUACGCUUAUAAAAUAGAAAUAAAACAUGUUACUGUUUUUAUAG